AUAUGGCGGCAUGAAAUUUAGUCCUUUUUGAGAAUGGAGACACUUUCGGGUGGAAAUGAAGUUAAUACAAAGUUAAAUCCGAAAACGCUGCGAGCGGAAAGCUUACCCAAAUCUUCCUCGAGUUCCAUUGCGUCUGAACAGGGCGAUCAAGACGGCGUUUUAAGCGAUGAACGACUUGAAUGUCUUCUGUUGGCGAGAACUGAUCAUAUUUCAAGGUUUCAGCUGGGACAGUUCUAUUUUGAACGUGAAAUAUACGAAAAGGCGUUUGUAGAAUUUGAUAAACUCAAAGAGCGCGAUGUUCAGGCUUUAUAUCAGUUAGGAGUGAUGUAUUACGAUGGUUUAGGAGUUCGUGAAGAUGGGGAGAAAGGAUUCCAAAUGAUGGAAUCAGUCUGCAGCAGUAAAAAAAAGCAAGCAGAACCCCUGAUUCCAUAUGCCCAAUACAAUAUUGGCCGGGCUUAUUAUGAAGGUAAAGGGGUGAAACAGAGUGAUGAUAAUGCUGAGUAUUAUUGGUUGUUAGCUGCCAAGGAUGGAUCUUCUAAGGGGUCAAUCAGGGCACAAAGUAUUUUGGGAAUGUUUUAUUCAAGGCUAGGAGAGGAAAGCUAUGAUAUUAGCAAGUCAUAUCAUUGGCACCAGGAGGCUGCUGGAAAUGGCAACAUUGAAUCUCAAGGGGCUUUGGGUGUUAUGUUUGAGUAUGGUAUUGGGACUCAACGAGAUGUACAGGCUGCGUUUGAAUGUUUUAAAGCAGCAUCUGAGAAAGGAAAUAUUUACGCCCAAGGGAAUCUUGCCAUGCACUAUUAUCGCCAAAAGUUGUACAAUCAAGCUUAUGAAAUUGCAGAGAGUGUAGGGAGACUUGAAGAUGUUGAAAAGAUUGCAAAAGCUACAGAUUGCUUGAUACUUUAUGUCGCUAAAGGAAUUGCCCUCGGUUGUUUUGUUUACGCUCGAUGUCUGUAUAAAGGAUAUGGCGCAGAAAAAAGCGAGGAAGAAGCGAUUCACUGGUUUAAACGGGCCUAUCAGUUCGAUCCAGAAACGGUGGCACGUUUUCAAGAUGACAUGACUUAUGGUUACAUUUAGGUGAUACUGAUGUGAUAUGUUUACAUCAAAGCUUACCUACAAAUACGUUUAGUACGCAAAUUCAUCUCAAGUAGGGAGGAGGAAUUAAUAUCCCUGCCUGGUUGAAUCUCUUUCCGUAACAUGUAAAUAUUUAUAUAUAGUUUGUUUAUUGCAAACAAAUAUUUAUUUAUUAUAUAACUUUAUUCUUUCGUCAGAAAAUACGAAAGUAGAUGUACUAUUGUUGAAAAAAUAUUCCAUUGUA